GAUGAUCUCGCAACUGAUUUCCUAGACAGAAAAAAGGCUGGCUUUCAGUUCAAGGAAUUGGGAGAAUUAUCAAGAGAUAUAACAGAGCUGAGAUUCUGGAAACGAAAUCUUUUGCAACUUUGCCGGCUUGUCGUUCUCCAGCUAAUUGCUCCAAUGAGAAGCUCACUAUUUUAUCUGCCCUCCAAUGGAUGCUUCGUCAUGUCACGUACCUUUAUUUCACGAAGGAGAAUCCGCCACUACCGGAAGCAUAAGGAAGAUAGCACAAUUGACAGAAGUCAUCCCUGUGAUGACAUGUAUCAUUAUUAACACAUCAUACGUCAUCAAGACAGAGUCGCAUUCCCCGGUGUUCUUUGUUCAUCUGGGCGCAUUGACAAAUCCUUCUCCUGCACUCAUGCUUGGAUCCUGCGUGCUGUUAGGAUGCUUGCUCUCCUCAUUUACGCACCGACGGCGAGGAAAGGACAGAUUCCAAACCAUAGUCUUUGGCUACAUGGUCUUAUGGGGGAUUACUGUUGGUAAAGGGAUAGGAGCAAGUGUGAACCUCAUUGCACUUAGCCUGGUUCCAGGUGCUCUCUGUGCUGCAAUGUUGCUGAGUUUUUCAGCACAUGAGUUUGUGAGAUGGCUAAUGGACAGGCCGCUGCAGCAGGAGCUCAUCUACCCAUACCCAACAAAAACUUUCUGAUGUGGUUGGUAGCGAGAGCCUGACGCUUCAUGAUAGAACGACUCAGA